AUGUCGAAUCAAGGUUACUAUGGCGGUCCUCAGGGCGGUUACCCUCAGCAACCGGGAGCAACAUACCAACCAGGCUACGGCGCACCACCACAACCGGGCUACGGCGCUCCUCAACAAGGCUACUACCAACAAGGUCCGCCACAGAUGCAAGCGCAACCCCAGACCGUCUAUGUUCAAGAACGAAGAUCCAAUGACCGCGGUUGUCUGGGCACAUGGUAA